AUGGCAAAAGCGCCUCCUAAGCCUGAAGGCGGUAUCGCGGUUACGGAUCCGGAUUUCUGGCCGCGGCAACCGCGGGCGGUGGACGACAAAAUGGCCUCACUGAGGUCGAGCUACUCGUUGAUUUCUGACCACAACAACGGGACUUUGGUAGGGAGCGCAGGGCGGCCUGCGUGGUUUGAAAUGCCGCCCGCUGAGCGAGCCGAGGUUUUAAAAAAGUGGGGCCGUGUCGCGCUCACGGCGGAUUGUUAUCAAGCACUGGGGGAGAUUUUCGAGGGCGAUCCAAGUAUCAGGCCCAUCGAUGGUGGUUUAGCGAUUGGUGCGAGUGAACAUCUCGCCGAAAGUUCCCUAUCCGAGCCAAGUUCAUGUGGCACGAAGCGGACGCGGACCGAAGAUAUUGCAGAGAGGAUGCACGAUGUGAUGAAGAAGACCAUCAAGUCCAUGGAGGAUAUUGCGCAACGGGAUCAUGAAAUAUACCUGCAACAUCAGAAAGAAGAAAACGAAAAGACCCGCUCAUUGCUCCGCGAACUAUUUUCUAGUCAGUAA